CGCCGCUGAACGAUCGCCAUGGCUCUGGUCAGCAUACUGCUGGCAGCCCUGGCCGUGGGCCUGCUGCUGUAUCUGCUGUUCGUCACUUUCUCCAGGCCUGACAACUUCCCACCAGGGCCGCCUCCGAUGCCGAUAUGGGGCAACUACUUGCAGAUGCUGCUGUUCAACUACAAGUACCCAUACAAGGUGCUGGACCUGCUGACGCGCCUCUACAAGAGCAAAGUGAUCGGCUUCUACUUCGGGGACAUGCCCGCCGUCGCUGCCUGCGACUACGAGUCGGUCAAGGAGGCGCUCAACAAUCCGCACCUACAGGGACGCGUCGUCAACAUCGGGCUCGAGCACAGGAUGUUCGGCAAGAAACUAGGCAUCUUCUUCACGGAUGGCCCCCAGUGGCUGGAGCAGCGGCGGUUUUCGCUGAGGAACAUGCGGGACUUCGGGUUCGGCCGUCGCUCUGAGAAGCUGGAGGCCGAGAUGGCGGCGGAGUUGCGAGACCUGGUGGAGUUGAUUCGAGGGGGCCGCGAAGACCAGGCGGUGGUGCGGCCGUCGUCAGGUGCGAGCAGCGUGCUGCUACCGGAGGCGCUGGCGCCAGGCUUCAUCAACGGGCUGCUGCACGUGUACACGGGCGCGCGGCUGCCGCGCUCCGCGGACGCCACGGCUCGCAUGCUGGGGCGUGCGGCGCUGCAGUUCACCAAGGCCAGCGACACCACGGGCGGCUUCCUCACGCUGCACCCCUGGCUGUCGUGGCUGGCGCCGCGCCUCUCCGGCUACCGGGACCACGUCCACAGCUCCGAGAAGAUGCGUCUCUUCCUGGAGCAAUCUAUUGAAGAACACAAGAAGACGUACUCCGACGAAUACAUGCGGGACUUCAUCGACUCAUACCUGCGGGAAAUUGAAGAGCGAGAGAAGAUUGGAGAACCGACAGGAUUUCCCUCAGAACAGCUGUCCCUGAUUCUGCUGGAUUUCUUCUUCCCGGCUGCCUCUGUGCUGUCAGCCACCUUGACAUGGGCACUCAUCUAUGUGGUUCACAACCCAGAAGUGAUGAGGAAGGUGCAGGACGAAUUGGAUGCAGUCGUGGGCCGCGGGAGGCUACCCACACUAGACGAUCGGCACAACCUACCAUAUACAGAAGCAACAAUAAGGGAGGUGAUGAGGAUUCGGACCGUCACCCCCAUCUCUGUACCCCAUAAGGCCAUGGAAGACACCACCCUCCAGGGUUACACUGUGCCCAAAGGAACUGUUGUGAUAACAUGCUUGAUUAGCAUGCACAUGGAUGGAGAUCUGUGGGGUGAUCCAAACAACUUCAGACCUGAGAGGUUUUUGGAUACUGAUGGAAAACUCAGCAAGAAGGACUUUACCUUGCCAUUUGGGGCUGGUAAACGUCUGUGUGCUGGAGAGACUUUUGCCCGCCAGAAUUUGUUUCUCACGUUCUCGACACUCCUGCAGAACUUUUCAGUUAAGACAGAUGGCAUGCCUCUGCCAGACAGCAACAUUCCAGGCAUCAUCGAGACAGCUCCUGCAUUCUGGGCACGGUUUGUGCCUCGCUGAUAGGACAUAUCACAUUCCCAGGUGGACAUCCACAAUGAAAAUACAGGUGACUGGACUGAUUCCUAUGGCAAUACUCAGGAUUUUGAAGAAUAUGCCACUGCAACAAAUCACACCCAUCUACGUGCUUCACAUAAAGGAUACUAAUAUUUGGAUGAAUAUAUUUGUGGAUGUUCAACACAAGGCUGCAACCUAGGACAAUGUUAAUAUAAAAUUAAUUCAAAAUUUUGCCAGUAUGUUCUUGGACACUGCCAGGUUGGCAGUUUUUUAUAAAUUUAUCUAUUAUCAUUGGUGAUAAAAGUAUUUUCACAGGAAAAGUUUCACAGGCCAGCAGAUGGCAAUUUCCAUCAAAAGAAAAUGACUGUCACUUUGGCGGAGAACUAUUUUUUGUGUUUCUAAUAGUCAUACAUUUGUAAUAUUUAUGAAUAAAGACUGGAAGCACAUAAUUUUA